AGAAUACCAGCGUAAAAUAGCAGCUUAACACUGCUGUGUUUCGUAUGGUGAGUGUAGAAAACCGAAUACCCUUUUUACUGGAAAAGAGGCAUUCCAUCUUAGUCCUCAAGGCUGGCAAUGCAUCUGUAUUUUGAUUCGCAAACGCGGAUAGAUGUAGAUGUAUAUGGUCCUCAGCAACCACUUACCAUCAGGUGGACUAUGUGCUCGUUUGUCACCCUAUUUCUAUAAAAAAUGUAUCUACAUAAAAACAAAAUUAAUUUUACAAAAAUAGUGAUGGACAUUCUGCAAAUACUGGGAACAAGGACAAAACUAGCUAUACUAGUUAAUGGACUCCAAAGUUUCAGUUAUUCCUUCAUGGAGUAAUGAAUACGCUUAACAUUGUAAAUUUUAGAACAAAGCCCCAGAAAAUAUGCAGUACCAAAAACUGUCUAUUAAGGGUUUUUAUACUUCUAAAGAGUACAUCAUUGAUAAUAAUUCCUAGGAAUUAAGUGAUCGCUACCAUGCUGUUUCUAAAUGUUUCCAUAUAUUAUUGUACAAGAUAUUAUAAUGCUUAAAAAGACGCUAGGUUUCAUGCUGGUUCUUCCCAGGAAAAAGGUUUUUUUUUCCAAACCAGUGGUAAAAUCAUAAAUGACUUUCAAUGAGUAUUCUUGUUAUCUAUUUUGACUAAAAAUUAUUCCUCCAGCCAGCAGUUUAUCACUGACAACACACACUUGUUGUACUUUCUUGUUUUAAGUCGCAAUUAUUAAAAAUAAAGACUAUAAAAUUAAAUUGAAUUAUUACAUAUUACUAAUCUGUUGGGCUAUGUCGGUCACUCUGGUUCUACUGCGAAUAUCCUCAUUUCUAAGUUUAUCACGCAGAGAAACUCCGAGCGUAGCCCUCUCCAUAGCUUGCUGAGCGAUCUUGAGCUUCCUCAUCCGACCACUAGUGAAGGACCAUCUCUCAGUUCCAUAGAUCAUCACUACACGCACUAGUUGUACAGUCUGUAAGAUUGCCAUUUCAGAUUAGUAAGCUGAAGUGGCAAUGGGCCGGCCAUAUAGCUCGAAGGGAAAAAAGUUUCUCGAGUGGCAGCCUCGUACCGGUAGGCGAAGUGUAGGGCGACCCCUCACUAGAUGGAGUGACGAUCUGGUAAGACAUGCAGGCAGUCGAUGGAUGCAGGUGGCGCAGUACCUUGCUUUGUAGCAUUCCUUGGGAGAGACCUAUGUUCAGCAGUGGACUUGUGAAUCGCUGUAAUGAUGAUGAUGAUGAUGAUGAUUACAUAUUAUAUUCGGUAUAAGAAUUAAAUGUGUAAAUGAAAGUAUUACACCUUUCAAAGUUCGCGAGGCCGUUCUUCGUGAGCUUUUGAAUACUUCACUGUUGAGCAUAAGAAAUCGUCAAACUGUUAACCCCAUUUUGUAAUCCGAUGAUAUGUCACAAACACAGAACAUGGCACUUUUUACGUGACAGUGUAUAAGAACUAAUAUGUAACAUUUUUUUUAUAGAAGAGAGGACAAACGAACAUGCGGCUUAUUUGAUAUACUUAAUACGUCAUAUCUAAUUACAAAUUCAAAUGAGUUUUUUAGUGGGAGCAUUAUUUGAUUUACACUAUUUACUUGCUAGAAUCUCAGACUAGAAUAGACUUUUGUGUAAUCACUAUUGUGUUCUUUGAACAUAAGACUGUCUAAAAUUUAAUAGCCGUUGGCACGGAUAACGCAUAAAUGUUACAUUUGGAAUUCAGCUCUCGAUUUCUGACUCCGUAAGUAUUCGAGACCCGCUAGAGGUAAACGUUCCUUUGUGAUUGUUUUGCCUUUUGUGAUUUAUAUGUUGUUUAGGAAUUUCAAGCUAUUUUAUUUAUUUUUGCUCACUUUACAAAUAUUUAUUUAGUAAUUUACCUAUUAUUGCCAAUAGAAGGCAGUGCAAUCAAUAUUAUUUAUUUAUUUAUUUAUUCUUUUUUGCACCAAAUAUUUAGGUAGAACAGAGAGUGAGUUUGGGCAGUUAAGUUGUCAUGAUAUAAUACAGUUCAAAUAUAUACAUGCAACACAUACAUAAAAUAUACAUAUAUAUAUAAUUCAUAUACAUAUAUAAAUAAAUACACACAUUUAUACAUAUAUAUCUCAAUUAAUCUAUAUAUAAAUCGCUACGGAUAUGCUCAUAUAGUUUUCUUUUAAAAACAUUUUUCGCAGGUAUUGUUCGCAGGUCAACAGGCAAUUUGUUCCAGAGGGUAAUGGAAGUAACUGUGAAAGAAUUUGACAGCAACAAUUCAACAACAAUGCCCAGAAUGGUGGAGAGGAGUGGACAGGAAUAAACUUUGUGAAGAACGGAGAUUGAGAGAAUGAGUGUCACUAAGGAAUUGAAAUCUUUAUUUUAGAUAAAGGGGCGAGGAAGGAUCAUUAAGAACUGAAAACAGAGUGGACAGGAUUCGGAAAUCUCUGCGCUGGCGUGUAGUCAACCAUUUUAACUGAGAGCGAAAUUCUGAAACGUGAUCAUAUUUGCGCAGGCCAAAGAUGAAUCGGAUACAGUUAUAUGUUAUUAUUAUGUUAUUUAUUAUUAUGUUCCUAUGUAAAUUGUAGGACAGUAACAAAUUAAAGGCUACGAUUUUCUUCGUCGUUUGUAAAUUGUACAACAAUGGAUUGAAAAAAAUAACUAGUAUGUAUGUCUUUCUUUUGUUAAACUAAGUCAACUUUCUUUGCAAAUUUCGCUUACUUGGUAAUAUGACCGAAUCUUCAGUUGACAAAGUAGUCAAGCGCUAGCUUCUAAUAAAUAAAACCCAAAUAACUACAGAAGCAAAUACAAGCCAACGUAAUUACUGGAUGUGGGGUAUUUCUACUAAGUCUUCAAGCGAACAAAUACUCUUUUGUUUGAAGUUAACUGUUCGUACGACUGAGAGUCGAACCCGCACUUAUAGUAUCUAAAUACUCUGACCACUAAGCAAUGCGGUCAUACACUUUACCGUAAAUAGUGUGUAGGUACUGUUCAACGCUGUAUGAAUUGUACUGUAAUAGACACAAUGAAAAAUUAGAGUUUAAAUCAUAGUAACCUUUGUGUCGAACUCAAGUCUAAAAUAUGUAAUAAACUUCAUUUUACGUCGUCACCUUGUACGGCUGUGGGGGCGGAGCGCAUCGGGGAAUCUCUUGUGGUCCGUGGCAUAAACGUUUGCGUUAUUAAAGAUAAGCGUUUUUGAAAUAAUAUGUUCGCAUUACAAAAUCCAGAAAGAAUGAGCAAAAAGGUCAUGAUCGACAAAAUGAGCAAAUAAAGAGAAAUAGGAACAUUUCUUUUUUAUUUUAUAUUACCUACCAAUUAAUAUGUUGUCAUCAUCCCUUUGGGGUAAAAUGUAGCUAAAGGUAAGAAGCCUAUACUGCUGCUGCUACUAGCUGGUGGUAACAGGGCAUAAAUUAUUGACAUACUUCGACAGGAGAAAUAUGCAAAUUUCUUCUGGUAUUGAUACAAUUCUUACACAUUUUUUUUAUUAAAAGUUAGAAACGAAGAAUUUUCGUUUUGAAUCAGGUUCCAGGAGAAACUGGUUUUGAAGAUAUUUGUUUCAUCGUCCCGUUUGAUGGGAAGACUAUUAUUUACAAAUCAAUAAUGAAUUCUGCUACACAAACUGGUGUUAUUAUUCUUUAAAAUAUUUAUUUCCAUCAUUUAUAUAGCUUACUUAAUAAUUUAAUUAAAAUACGUACUUUCAAAUUACUCAGAAUAACUCUUAAAUGUAUUGUAUGAUAUAUUAAUUAAAUAUUAGGUUCCUCGUCGGUAAUAUCGCUUGUGAUUUUUACUUGUGGCAUACAUUUUUGAAUAGAUCUACAAUACACACAAGGUGUGGCAACAAUCAAAAGGGCAACCUCGACAGAUAUAAGACGUGAACAUCCCUGCAUAGUGUAUUCAGGUGUCGGAGUUUGAACGAGGUGUAUCGUACCAUCAUACAACACACCCUUUGUUAAUUCAAAAUGAUAUUUGUGGUUACAUUGAUCGUGAUGGGCGUGGCUUCGGCUGCCCGGCUAGAGCAUCUCACACAGCAGGGAGGUUAUGGUAGCUCCGGCACACCUUUCCACUACGAGAAUGUCAACAACGGUGACGGAACUUAUCAAUUUAGUUAUGAUACACCUAACGGUAUAUCAGCGCGUGAGAGUGGGGCUCCACGUGCGCAAGGCCCCGAAGGUCCCGCUGUGACGGCAGAAGGCGCUUUCUCUUUCCAGACUCCAGAUGGACAGCAGAUAUCCUUGACAUACACUGCAGACGAAAAUGGAUUUCAUCCCGUCGGUUCUCAUCUUCCAACACCUCCGCCUAUCCCUGAGGCAAUACUACGCUCCAUUGAGUUCAAUCGACAACAUCCUUCUUCUGACGACGGGUCCAACGGUCGCAACGCCUACCGUUACUGAACAUGCGUAAAUAUGCUCCCAAGUGAAUUCCGCACCGUAUCUCAUAAGAAGCAUGGACUGUGAUAACGAAUCUAUAAGAGUUACCUUACACAUUUAGUGAUAUUUGUACGAGAAACUAAUGCUUAUUUAUAUUAAAACUAUUCGGUUCAAACCGCUC